AAAAAAAGGAAUAUCAGAAUGUAAACUGGAACAUAGCUCGAACUGGAGCAUACUUUGUUUAAAGAAUGUGACAUUGUGUAACAUUUUGUGACAUUGUGUUAGAUUGUGUGACAUUAUAAUUAUUAUUAUCACAUCAUGGAUUUUAUUAAACAUAAAAUAUAGGAAUGCAUAAACUUACAGCGUAUUAUAAAGGGUCAGCCAUGGCGACUGGUGGUACAGUAAUGGCGCCCGGUGAUAGGACUGAUUCUUCCAGGGACAAACUUGGUAUUCAAGGUCAUGGCUUAAUGACAACUCGUUCCCAAGAUGGUUCCCUCGGUCUUCCAUCCAACGAGCCAUCGCCGUCCGUUUCCCGGCCUUCAACGGCUACUUCCGGUGAAAGCCCUGCGGACGGAAUAAGCAGUAUUUCUAUGCCUCCAGAAGCUGUUGGUGUUUUAGAAACCGUGAUCAAUAUGAAUAAAGCAUUAGAACAACAAAUAGAUACUCUAAGAAUGAGAUUGACUGUUGAAUCAAAGAAUCAUGACACUGAAAAAUAUAAAAUCAUUAAGGAGAAAGAGAAGGAAAUAGAUAAAAAGGAAUCUGAAAUAGAUGAUUUAAAAGAUUCAUUGGUUCAUAGAGAUGAAAGGGUGACAUGCUUAGUUAAAGAAGCACAAGUAAAGGACUUUCAAAUUCAGCAAAAAGAGAAAGAAAUAAAUGAUUUAAAAGAACUUGUAAAACAAACAGAAGGCUACGCAGAGCAGUUACAGAAACGAGUAGGAAGGCUAAAAGAUGAUAAACAUAAAUUAGAGACUGAAACUGGUUAUAAGGAGCAAAGCGAAGAAAUACGAAAGCUUAAACAUGAAAUAGUGUCAAUGAAGGAGAAAGUGACAAUAAUGGAAAAAGAACUUGGUAAGGCAAGAAAUAUUAUAGAUCAGCAAAAUACAAAAAUAAGUGGAAUGGAAGCUGAAAAGGGUGCUAUGAGUGAAAAGUUUAAAGAGGAACUCGAGAGAGCGAGUAAAGCUAUGCGAUCGGAGGUUGAACGGAUGAGAGAAGUGAUGAAACAGCAGUAUAUGGAAAUGAGGAAUUUACGCGAACAAAACAUUGAAAUUUCAAGUGAUGUAAGAGACAUUAAAGACAUUCUGUUAAACGGUACACUGAAAAAGGAACCGGAAAUAAAAACAAAAACUACGGAAAAAAUUGAUGUUAAUAAUUUCAAAUCACCUCGUCCAAUGCACAAAAGUCCAAACUUUGGAAUGCGGAUGCCUUUGACGUCACGACAGGCUCCAGCACCGAAACUAAACUCAACGGUUCGAACAUCGAUGCCUUCGAUGUCGACUACGCGAGGACAAACACAAGGGAAGGCACAAAGUUUGCCGCCAAUAUCAAAAGCCAAUGAAACGACUACAGGGAAGUGGAUACCAGCAGGAGGAACGCAUCGGCAGGCAACACUAAACGUUCGUUCCGCCAAGGGUGGCAGACGAUAACUCGCAAGGAAUGUUUAAAUAAUAAUGAGGUGUUUUAGAACGGGUUUGGCAAAUUGCUUAAUGCUAAAUAGAGUCCGCUUCGAUUUUUAUACUGACGACCGCUAAUACUAGAUUAGCAAAGUGAUCUCAUAGAGAAAUUAUCUGCUCUCUUGUAGUUUGUGAAACGUUUGAACACAUUUUUGAGUGUAAACUUUGGAGUAAGAAUGGAUAUUGCUUGUCUGAUGAAACAACAGAUUGCCAGACAGUAAAAUAGACAUUUCCUUAAUUAUUUCAGGGUUUUAAACUUAUCAAGAUUGCCAUUCAUUAUCAUCCCUUCUUGUAUGAUCACUUCAAGUGACGUCAUCAUUUAUGGAAACUGAUUCCUACGCUUUGCUAGCAAGUUUGUUCCAAUGGCACAUUGAAAUUUUAUAAUAUUGUUUUGUUAAUGUCUGAAAACAAAUACAUCCAAGGAACGAAAGACAAAGUUUGCAUGCUAAGUUCUAUAUAUCGACAUGUAAUCACGGAACGUUAUCAUGAUUUGCUGCUAAAGAACAGUAAAACGAAGCCCAAUCUGACCUAAGUUCAGAUCUACUUAUUUCUUACAGUGUAGCGUUUUAGAAGCUGGUCAGAUCAGAUUGAACGAAACCAACGUGGAAACGGGUAACCAAGUGCAUUCUGGAAAUUCAUUAUCAUACUGGAAUUUUAACCUGUGAUAUGUCAUCAAGCGUUCUGUGAUAUCACGUGACAUAAUGAAGCGUUUCAUUCUGUAAAUGGCAUAUACAGUGCCAAGUUUGACAGAUAAUAUUUCAUGCCAGGUGACACUUCUGGCACAUUUAGUUCUUUUUAUUAUGGUUUUAAUUGCUUGUGUAUAUUUAUUAAAAUGUUUUGGCAUUAAAA